AUGCACGUGUAUCAAAAUCAAACUGCACCGACGCCGUCAAUGGCUAUGGUGGAGGUGGCUCACCAGCUAUACCAACUGAAUCGCGGUCUGGACCCGAAGUACUUUGACACCGCUGCACUGGACUUGUCACAAUAA